AUGUAUAGAUUAUUAUUAGUUGAUUUAUGUCGAACAGUAAGUCAACGUUUUAUAACAACAACACCAUCAAGAAUUUCACCAAUAGGUGAUAAACCUAUUCAAUUAUAUUCAUUAGCUACACCAAAUGGACAAAAAAUAGGUAUUGCACUUGAAGAAUUUGGACUUGAAUAUGAUGCACAUUUAAUUGAUAUAAGUCAAGAUAUUCAAUACGAGGAUUGGUUUAAAAAGUUAAAUCCAAAUUCAAAAAUUCCCAUUCUUGUUGAUCGUCAACCUAUUGGUAAUCAUAAACAACCAAUAACUAUAUUUGAAAGUGGUGCAAUUUUAAUUUACCUUGCUGAUAAGACAGGCAAAUUUCUUGCAUCCACAGGUACACAUCAACGAUAUGAAACAAUUCAAUGGCUUAUGUGGCAAAUGAGUGGUGUUGGACCUAUGUUUGGACAAGCUAAUCAUUUUCAUAGAGCAGCUAAAGAGGAUAUCGUCUAUGCUAAAAAUCGUUAUUUAAAUGAAGCUAAACGUUUAUUAAAAGUACUUGAUACACAAUUAGCUAAAACAAAUGCAUUUGUUAGUGGCAGUGAUUAUACAAUAGCUGAUAUAGCUACGUUUCCAUGGGUACGGUUUUUUAUAAAAGUUUAUAAAGAUAAAUUAGAUGAAAAUGCUUACUCAAAUAUUGAAAAAUGGUUAACACUAAUUGAAGGUCGACCCCAAGUACAAAAAGGCCUUAAGGUCUGUUCUAAAAAUGCCUAA